AUGGCUGAACAGCAAAAUGCCCUUUCUUCAUGUCCUAUCUGUUUUGAAGACGUACAAAAUAUAAGUGCUUUAUCAGAGCAAUGUGGCACGUGUCGCCAAAUAUAUCAUAGAGGUUGUAUUAUUUCAUGGUUAGUGACAAGACAUAAUAACAAUCAAAAUCUUAACUGUCCUAACUGUCGUGGAAGUAUGGAUCAUAUUGUACAACCAUUACUAGAAGAAUCAGUUUGUGCAUUUUGUCGGAAUAGGAUAACUCUCUCGAUACAAUCCUUAAUUUGCCGAACAUGUGGAGCUAUAUACCAUAAAAAUGAGCUCCGAGAAGUUCUCCAGAGAUUGGCCGAAAUACAUCAACUGUUACGUUGUGUUAUCGAUAUUUGUCAAGCAGAUUUGAGCUGGGUAUUGACUGAGCCGAUAGAAGGAGAUGAAUUUGGAAAUACACCUAUCCAACCAACUGAAUUGAAUGUUCAUAUUGAUAAUUUCGAGAUAUUUGAUUAA